AUGCCCAAAGUAAAUGAUGAAUUCAAAUCUUUAGAAGCACUUGAAAGUGCAGCUAACUUAGCUGCUAAAGUUAACAGAUUUGCUUUCUCAAGAAAAGACAGUAACCUUACUAGACACGAAGAUGAAGUUGCAACUCUUUCUCAGCAUCAUACCAUAAAUUUGACCCAAAAGUGCCUUAUUAUACAAUUACAUGAUAGUAACACACCUACAUGUAUUAUAAUAGCUGCUGCAAACAAGGAUGUUGGUGAUAGAAUAAUUCAUCCAAAAGAUAUCAUAAAUGAACAUGCCUGUAUAAGAUUUGCAUUAAAUGAUGCAGUAAAGGGUUAUUUAACUCUUUUUUUUCAUACUAAAUUAGCAAAAUGUGUUGCCAAAUGUCCUGAAGUUCUUAUUGUAGAUGCUAUCUACAAAACCAACAUUUACAAAUAUCCUCUUGUUAGUACAAUUGGCAUUAAUAAUAUUUGCAAUAAGAAAGUUGUGUUGGCAUCUUACCAGAUUGCAAUGUCUUGGAUAAAAGACGAAACUGAAAUGAAGAAAAAAUUCCAGUUAUUAAAUGCAGUAAAGAAAGCUGCUGAAAAAGCUCAUGAUCCUAAAAAGGCCAUAUCAUAUAUUUAG